AUGAUGAAGAAGAUCCUAUUCUUACUAGUUGCUUGUUUUCAUGUUCUCUCGCCCAAUGCUGUGCAGCCUGCAAUUGCGACGGAGGCCCUGCCUCUUUACACCGAUUCCCGUUGGAUCGUCGAUGAAACCGGGAAACGAGUGAAGUUGGGAUGCGUGAACUGGGCGUCACACCUGCAACCAUUGCUGGCGGAGGGGCUCAACAAGCAACCAUUAGACGUGAUUUCAAAGCAGAUCGUAGCAAUGGGGUUCAACUGUGUUCGGUUUACAUGGCCACUCUGGAUGGCAACCAACGACACCUUAUCCUCGAUGACGGUCCAACAGUCGUUUGAGAGCCUUGGCCUCUUAGAAUCCAUCGGCGCUAUAAGAGUCAACAAUCCAUCCAUGCUCAAUCUCACCAUUCUCCAAGCUUUCCAGCUUGGAGCUGAAGCGGUGCACAAAGCCAAUCCCAACGUUCUCACUAUACUCUCUGGUCUUGAUUUCGACAAAGACUUGCAUUUCCUCCACAAUCAACCAGUGAAUCUAUCAUUCACUCGAAAACUAGUAUUUGAACUUCACUGGUAUUCAUUCUCAGAUGGAAAUGCUUGGGCGACUGGCAAUCCGAACCAGGUCUGUGGAGUAGUUAAUGCAUUGAAGAACAAAAUACUGUUUGUGCUGGAUCAAGGAUAUCCAUUGUUCGUCAGUGAGUUUGGGAUAGAUCUUAGGGGCACUAACGUGAAGGACAACAGGUACUCGAGUUGCAUUUUUGGAGUAGCAGCUGAAUUGGAUUUUGACUGGGCCUUGUGGACUCUUAUGGGAAGUUAUUAUCUGAGAGAAGGGGUUUUGGGCCUGGAAGAGGUUUAUGGAGUUAUGAAUUGGGAUUGGUCUGGGCCUCGGAAUUCAACCUUCCUUCGAAGGCUUUCAUCAAUUCGAUCUGCGUUUCGAGGUACAUACAAAUCACAAAUCAACACAGUGCGUUAA